AUGGAUCAACACAGUACUUCUAAUGAUGGCCGAGCCCAGACCACAUACAUGGAUGCUGAUUUGUACACGGCUGCAUCGAAAGGCAACAUCAGCAAGCUGGAGCAGCUAGAAGCUUGUGAUCUUGGCCGCCAACGGACCCCCAAAAGUAACACUAUCCUUCAUAUUGCAGCUCAAUUCAGUCAACUGGACUGUGUUAAACGGAUCCUUGAAUUGACUUCAUUUUCAUCUCUACUGAAGAUAAAUUUGAAAGGAGACACCCCACUUCACCUUGCAGCAAGAGAAGGGCAUUUGACAGUCGUCGAAGCUCUAAUUCAAGCUGCAAAACCUCCCAAUGAGAUUGAAAGUGGGGUGGGAGUAGAUAAGACAAUUCUGAGGAUGGCCAAUAAAGAGGGAGACACAGCCUUGCAUGAAGCAGUGAGGUAUCAUCACCCUGAGGUGGUGAAAUUAUUGAUUAAGGAAGACCCUCAGUUUACCUAUGGUCCUAAUAUUUCUGGUGGAACGCCUAUUCACAUGGCGGUGGAGCGAGGACAUGUAGACUUGGUGCAAAUAAUCAUAGAAAACACUAGGACUUCACCAGCUUACAGUGGCAUCUUGGGAAGAACUGCUUUGCAUGCUGCUGUAAUUCGCAACGACCCAGAAAUAACAACCAAGUUGUUGGAAUGGAAGCCAUCUCUAACCGAAGAAGUGGACCAAAAUGGGUGGUCUCCCCUUCACUGUGCUGCCUACUUUGGUUAUACCACGAUUGUGAGGCAAUUACUAAACAAAUCAGUUAAAUCUGUAGCUUACCUCGGAAUCAAACCUGGCAAGCAAACCGCCCUUCACCUUGCAGCUAUCCGUGGCCAUAAAGACAUAGUAGAUCUGCUGCUGUCUUCCCAUCCAGAUUGUUGCGAGCAGGUUGAUGAUAACGGCAAAAAUGUUCUUCACUUUGCCAUGAUGAGAAAGCAAGAUGAUUAUCCUAGGAUGUUUUUACAAAAUGAUGGAUUAAGAGUGAGAGGACUUUUAAAUGAGAGAGAUGCUCAAGGAGACACACCCCUCCACCUGCUUGCUUCUUACCUAAUUGAUGAUGAAAAUUUUGUAUUGGACGAUAAAGUGGAUAAGAUGGGGCUCAACAAUGAAAACUUAACCCCCAAGGACAUGGUUUCAAGAGCCACCGACAAUGGGCUGCAAAAGAAAUUAGUCAUGGAUUGCUUCAACACAAGUAAGGAAGCGGGUAUUGGACCUUUAAGUUGGGUGCCGAGGGACAAAGAGGUCACGAGGGACAGAGAAGACAAAGGUAGUAGUGGAAGCAAUUCCAUCUCUACCUUGAAGAAAGUAGGUGAAACUCAUUUAAUUGUGACAGCACUGGUAGCAACUGUAACCUUUGCAGCUGGCUUCACCUUGCCUGGUGGUUACAAUGAAAAUGAUGGCCUGGCAACCCUAGGAAAGAAAGAAGCUUUCAAAGCAUUUGUUGUCGCGGAUACUUUAGCCAUGGUUUCCUCUGUAUCCGCUGCAUUUGUUUACUUUUUUAUGGCUGGGUAUGAAAAAGAGGAGCUUCUCCACAAACACUUACCUUGGGGCUUUUUUCUUACCAUGUUUGGCAUGGGAGCAAUGGUGGUGGCAUUCAUGACCGGCAUGUACGCUGUGCUACCACGUUUCUCUUGGCUUCCCAUCCCUGUUUGUGUCCUCUGCUGCUGCUUUUUCCUCGUCUUCUAUCAUUGCUACCACCACGGUGCAGCUGAAGAUGGUAGCCGAGCUGAGAUCGCGUGCAUGGAUAAUACUUUGUACAAGGCCGCAGCAGAAGGCCGCACCAAUGAAGAUAAACAUCUCUCUUCCUUAAGAAGGGCAGGUGAAACCCAUUUGAUAGUGGCAGCACUUAUAGCAACCGUAACCUUUGCGGCAGGACGGAGCAAUCUGAAAGGAGACACCCCACUUCACCUUGCAGCAAGAGAAGGGCAUUCAACAGUCGUGGAAGCUCUAAUUGAAGCGGCAAAAGCACUUCCCGAUGAGAUUGAAAGUGGGGUUGGAGUAGAUAAGGCCAUUCUGAGGAUGACCAAUGAAGGGAAAGACACAGCCUUGCAUGAGGCAGUGAGGUAUCAUCACCCUGAGGUGGUGAAGUUAUUGAUUGAAGAAGACCCUCAGUUUACCUAUGGUCCUAAUAUUUCUGGUGGAACGCCUCUUUACAUGGCGGUGGAGCGAGGACAUGAAGACUUGGUGCAAAUAAUCAUAGAAAACACUAGCACUUCACCAGCUUACAGUGGCAUCUUGGGUAGAACUGCUUUGCAUUCUGCUGUAAUUCGGUAUGACAAAGACAUAAUAGCAAAGUUAUUAGAAUGGAAGCCAGCUCUAACCAAAGAAGUGGAUGAAAAUGGUUGGUCUCCCCUUCACUUUGCUGCCCACUUUGGUUAUACUAGGAUUGUGAAGCAAUUACUAGACAAAUCACAUAAAUCUGUAGCUUACCUCGGAAUCAAACCUGGCAAGGAAACCGCCCUUCACCUUGCAGCUAUCCGUGGCCAUAAAGACAUAGUAGAGCUGCUGCUGUCUUACUAUCCAGAUUGUUGCGAGCAGGUUGAUGAUAACGGCAAAAAUGUUCUUCACUUUGCCAUGAUAGUGAGAGGACUUUUAAAUGAGAAGGAUGCUCAAGGAAAUACACCCCUCCACCUGCUUGCUUCUUACCUAGUUGAUGAUGAAGAAUUUGUAUUGGAUGAUAAAGUGGAUAAGAUGGGGCUCAACAAUAAAAACUUAACCCCCAAGGACAUAGUUUCGAGACCCACCGACACUUGGCUGCAAAAGGUUAACAAAACUAAGGAAGCGGGUAGUGGACCCUUACGUUGGGUCACGGAUAACAAGGAAGACAAUGAUAGUAGUGAAAGCAAAUACAAGACAGACAAUAUUCUCAUCUCUAAGUUGAAGAGAAAAGGUGAAACUCAUUUGAUAGUGGCAGCACUUGUAGCAACUGUAACCUUUGCGGCUGGCUUCACCUUGCCUGGUGGUUACAAUGAGAAUGAUGGUAAGGCAACCCUAGCAAAGAAAGCAGCUUUCAAAGCAUUUGUUGUCACGGAUGCUUUAGCCAUGGUUUCCUCUGUAUCAGCUACUUUUGUUUACUUUUAUAUGGCUGGGUAUGAAGAAGUGGAGCUUCUCCACAAACUCUUUAGAUGGGGCUUUUUUCUCACCAUUUUUGGCAUGGGGUCAAUGGUGGUGGCAUUCAUGACCAGCAUGUAUGCUGUGCUACCACAUUUCUCUGGGCUUCCCAUCCUUGGGGAUCAUUGGAUAUUGAGCCUUCCAGUGACCCUUACGCUUACAAUAGCUACAUUCAGCCAUGACAACCCAUGA